AUGCCCCGCAACCACGGGGGAGGAGAUGAGGGCGGCUCCGCCGGGCUCUGGCUGAAGAGCAGCGCGGCGGCGGGCGGGGGGCGCCUGGCUACGGGCAUGAAGGAUGUGGAGGCGGGCCGGGGCCGCGUGCUCCUGAACUCGGCUGCCCGUGGGGACGGCUUGCUGCUGUUGGGCACCAGCGCCGGCGCGCUCGGCAGCGGCGGCGGCGGCGGCAGCAGCGGCUUCAGGGAGAACCGCCGGGCGAAGCACGGAGCCCGGAUGAGCCUGCUGGGGAAGCCGCUGGCUUACAACAGUAGCCAGAGCUGCCGGAGGAACGUCAAGUACCGGCGGCUGCAGAAUUAUCUGUACAACGUGCUGGAGAGACCCCGAGGGUGGGCGUUCAUCUACCACGCGUUCGUUUUUCUCCUUGUCUUUGGUUGCUUGAUUUUGUCAGUGUUUUCUACCAUCCCUGAGCACACAAAACUGGCCUCUAGUUGCCUCUUGAUUCUGGAGUUUGUAAUGAUUGUCGUCUUUGGUUUGGAGUUCAUCAUCCGUAUCUGGUCAGCUGGCUGCUGCUGUCGCUACAGAGGAUGGCAAGGAAGAUUGCGAUUUGCCAGAAAACCAUUCUGUGUUAUAGAUACCAUUGUUCUCAUCGCUUCAAUAGCAGUUGUUUCUGCAAAAACUCAGGGUAAUAUUUUUGCAACAUCUGCACUCAGAAGUCUUCGUUUCCUACAGAUCCUCCGCAUGGUGCGUAUGGACCGAAGAGGAGGAACUUGGAAAUUGUUAGGUUCAGUUGUUUAUGCUCACAGCAAGGAAUUAAUCACAGCUUGGUACAUAGGAUUUUUGGUUCUUAUUUUUUCAUCUUUCCUUGUCUACUUGGUGGAAAAGGAUGAAAAUAAAGAGUUUUCUACUUAUGCAGAUGCUCUCUGGUGGGGUACGAUCACAUUGACCACGAUUGGCUACGGAGACAAAACUCCCCUAACUUGGCUCGGAAGAUUGCUUUCUGCAGGGUUUGCCCUCCUUGGCAUUUCUUUCUUUGCGCUACCUGCUGGUAUUCUUGGCUCAGGAUUUGCAUUAAAAGUGCAGGAGCAGCACCGCCAGAAACAUUUUGAGAAAAGAAGGAAUCCAGCUGCCAACCUAAUUCAGUGUGUUUGGCGUAGUUAUGCAGCUGAUGAGAAAUCAGUUUCCAUUGCUACCUGGAAGCCUCAUUUGAAGGCCUUGCAUACCUGCAGCCCUACCAAGAAAGACCAAGGGGAAACAUCUAGCAGUAAGCUCUGUAGUAAUAAACAGAAGCUCUUCAAGAUGUACACGUCUCGGAAACAUAGCCAGAAGCUAAGUUUUAAAGAACGGGUCCGGAUGGCUAGCCCCAGAGGUCAGAGUAUCAAGAGCAGACAAGCAUCAGUGGGAGACCGGCGAUCACCAAGCACAGACAUCACAGCUGAAAGCAGCCCAACCAAAGUGCAGAAAAGCUGGAGUUUCAAUGACCGAACUCGCUUCCGACCUUCCCUGCGUCUCAAAAGUUCUCAACCAAAGCCAGUAAUAGAUGCCGACACUGCUCUUGGAACAGAUGAUGUAUAUGAUGAGAAAGGAUGUCAAUGCGAUGUUUCAGUAGAAGACCUCACCCCACCACUGAAAACUGUCAUUAGAGCCAUCAGAAUUAUGAAGUUUCAUGUCGCAAAAAGGAAGUUUAAAGAGACAUUACGUCCCUAUGAUGUGAAAGAUGUCAUUGAACAGUAUUCUGCUGGGCAUCUGGAUAUGCUUUGUAGAAUCAAAAGUCUUCAAACACGAGUUGAUCAAAUUCUUGGAAAAGGGCAAAUCACAUCAGAUAAGAAGAGUCGAGAGAAAAACACUGCAGAGCUCGAAACGGCAGAUGACCUCAGCAUGCUAGGCCGUGUGGUCAAGGUUGAGAAACAGGUACAGUCUAUAGAAUCAAAACUGGACUGCCUACUAGACAUAUAUCAACAGGUCCUAAGGAAAGGCUCAGCAUCAGCCCUGACUUUGGCUUCAUUUCAAAUUCCACCUUUUGAAUGUGAACAAACAUCCGAUUAUCAAAGUCCUGUGGACAGCAAAGACCUGCCCAGUUCUGCACAAAACAGCGGCUGCUUAUCGAGGUCGGCCAGUGCCAACAUCUCCCGAGGCCUGCAGUUUAUUCUUACACCAAAUGAGUUCAGCACUCAGACUUUCUAUGCUCUCAGCCCAACUAUGCAUAGCCAAGCAACCCCGGUGCCAAUGAGUCAAAGCGAUGGACCGGCCAUGGUGGUCACCAACAACAUUACAAACCAAAUACACCAGGUGACCAAGCCGGUGGCCCCAACCACCUUACAGAUCCCCCCUCUCCCCGCCAUUAAACACAUCCCCAAACCUGAGCCCCUACAGAUGAACCCUGCCACCAUGCAGGAGAGCAUUUCUGAUGUCACUGCCUGCCUCGUUGCCUCCAAGGAAAGCGUUCCGUCUACCCAGGCCAAUCCAACCAAGGAUCGCGCCCUGAGAAAAAGCUUUGACAUGGGAGGAGAGACCCUGCUGUCGGUUCGCCCCUCGGUGCAGAAGGAUUUGGGCAAAUCAUUAUCUGUACAGAACCUCAUCAGAUCGACGGAGGAACUGAAUGUGCAGCUUUCGGGGAGUGACUCGGGGGGCUCCAGAGGCAGCCAAGAGUUUUAUCCCAAAUGGAGAGAGUCCACUUUAUUUAUAACUGAUGAAGAAGUGGGCCUCGAAGAGACAGAAACUGAGACUUUCGAUAGCAUUUCUCAGCCUGCCAAGGAAACAGCUUUCCCUUCUGACUCUCUAAGGACUGGAAUGUCAAGAUCAUCUCAGAGCAUUUGUAAGGCAGGGGAAAGUCCAGAUGUACUCAGCUUGCCUCACGUCAAACUUAAAUAAUUUCUUGAUUUUCUUUUUAGGCUUAGCACUUCCUUUAGCCAUACAUAUCAUUGCAUGAACUAUUUUGAAAGCCCUUUUUAAAAAGAUGAAAUAAUGAGAAUCAGGAAGAAUAAGAAAGGCAGUUUAAGAGCCCAUUAUCUUCUAAUUGCAUGAAAAUGCAUGUUUCAGAGAUGGCUGAAAUUCCAAGGUACACCUACAUUAACCCAUUCAUUUAAUAAUAAGGUACCAGAGGUUAAAAUCUGAGGGGGGGAGGGAAAUCUACGUAGCUAAUACUAUGGGCUAGAUGGAAAAAAAAAAAAAAGCAAAAAUUUGACUAUUUACAAAAAUUGAUAUUGUAUUUUGAAAGUAUGGAAGUAAACGUCUUCAAAUUUAAGGUACUUUUGCUUCAUGGUUAAAUACAAUAAUGUUAUUUUCAAAACUGGGCCAUCGUGUAUGUUUAUAACCCAAAGGACUAUCUCCAGCUUCUGGCAGGGUACCAGGAAAAGCUUAUGUAGGAAUAUUAGAAAUGGCUACCAGUUGCAAGACAGACUUUGAGGUCAUUCCUAGGCCAUUAUUUAUUCCUUAAUGUAGUUUAGAAUGUUGAUUUCUGUCAUUUUGGGGUGACCGUAUUGGGGCAAAUGAC